AAGACUUCAAAUGUAUUGAUCCAAUAUACUAUGAUGGUCAUUUUGUUGCCAGAAACAUUGACACAAAGUUCUUUUCACGCUUUAUCCAUUUUUUGGUCGACAACAGCUAGUAAGUUUAAAAAUAAGUUAAUUUGCUUGUCCUAAACAUCAAAUAUUUAAAAAUGGAGGGAUUGUUGAGCAACCAAAUUAAACUAGCGAUGCCUCAGCUGUUUCUCGGAUGGGUAACACGCAUUAGCAUGAGCGCACCUCAAUGCAAGCAUGCCCUUUCCAAAUUUCGUCCGGACUCAGUACUCAUCUCACAUUCUCUGCAACUGUGACGUUUAUCCUGGAAGUAAAUAAUGGAUUUUUUUCAAUGAUCAUCAGCACCGAGCCAUUCCAUUGAACCAGUCAAGUUGUCGUAAAUAUUCAUUUCUGAUGUCUACAUUGCCGUGCGAUUGCAGUCAUGUAGUCACUAGUCAGGUGACUUGACUGAGAAUUGAUGGACGACGGGCAAAGACCUUGACGUAGACUAAACAUCUGUAUAUAGCUGCUCUCUUGUGCAUAUAUACGAUUAACUACAAUAUUAACAAAGCUUGACCGUAUAGACCAAACAUCUGAUCUGUGGCAGCAGCUAGCUCAAUCCGUUGUGUAUCGAGCAUGCAUCCCAGAUCCAAUCCCCUCCCCAUCCUUCUUACAAUCAUAGGCACCAUUUUGUUCAUCACAGGUGGUGCAGGCGGGCAACCCCAUGGUGGUAGCGGCGUAUGCAUCACCACUGAGAGGGCCGCUUUGCUCUCCUUCAAGAAGGGCAUCACAAGCGACCCCGCCAACCUGCUCGCCUCAUGGCGUGGCCAAGAUUGCUGCCAGUGGAGAGGCAUCAGAUGUAACAACAAGACUGGCCAUGUCACCAAGCUGCAGCUUCGCAAUCCAAAUCCAUACAUGUCUGCUUUAUCCGGUGUCGCGGGGAGACGCGCGAGCAGGCGCAAGGCUCGUGUGUGCGGGCACAGCGGGCGCAAGGCUGUGCGGCGAACGCAAGCACGGGCGGUGGCCUGACUCUGCGCGAGUGCUUGUGCAGGCGGACGAAGCAUGAGGCGUGCGGCAGCGCGGGUCCAGGAGCGGCUGCGCUGGUCCAGGGUUUGGCUCGCACGGUCCCAGGGGUGGUUGCGCGAGUGUUGUGGCUCG